AUGGAAGUGGUUGAUUCAGCGAUUCUCUCGUCUUUUUUGCAUUUUACCAACUAUAUUGCAUCGAAAUCAAAUCUCGAAAAAGUAGAUUCACUCGCGCAAUUAUGGAAAGAACAUGGCCGUAUUGUGUCCAGUUUAUUGGAAUGUGAUGUGACUGACUUUGAAUCAAGUUCAAUGUUUUAUAAUGUUCUGUGCAAAAAGCUUCGGCAUACAAAUUCAGCGAUGACCGAGGAAUUGAACGUUUCGAAAGCAGCAGACGGUGAUUUAAUGGAGAUUUGCAAGUUUUAUGCGCUUUUCCUCGAACAUAUGAGAAAAGACAACAAAGAGAUAUUGACGAAACUUCUCGAAAAUUGCUCAACUAGCAGCGCAUUCAGAAUUGAUGCUAUUUUGCAGAUGUUUGCCCAUUUCGACAAACUUUAUGAAAAUGAGACCGUUGAUGGAUGGUGGACCAUUCUUAGGCAGGAGAUAGACGAGGAGCCAACUUUGUCGAUUACGACGCCGACAUCGAGAAGAACUACUCUUCAUCGUGAUAUUUUCACAACACCGGCAAGCUCGACACAUCGGAUGAGGACUGUUUGCAGCACAUCACGUCGCAGUCCGGUCGUCGAUGCUGUUGAUUCGCCGACGAUGAAGUAUUUGAGAGCGGAACGUGAAAUGACGAGGUUGAAAAAGAGACUCGCAGAUACCGAAAUCAAGUUGGAUGACGCUACUUUGGAAAAUUCCAAUCUUUUGGCGGAAAAUCUUCAAUUAAAAAACACAAUUAGCGAUUUACGCUCAAAUAUCGCUGACAGAAAGAAUGAUGUUGCGAGCAAUGAAGAAAUAAUCGAAGAUCUCGAAAACCGGUUAAAAACGAAAUCAAUGGAGACCGAAAAGUUGGCGAAAUCAUUCAAUGAAGCUCGACAAAAUAUUUUAACUUUGAUGAACCAAUUAGAAGCUGCUGAAAAUAUGAACGCGCAAGCGAAUUCUGCGCAUGCGUUGCUUCAAAAGGAAAAUGAGCAAUUGAUGCUUGAGUUGAGAGAUGUUAGAGAUCUUCAUUAUACCGACAUGGAGAAAUCGAAUUCUAAAAUUAGCGAACUGAUGAAUUCAAUUGCUGAAGGGAAUGCCGAACUGCAUCGAAGUCAAAUUGAGGUGGGAAGAUUGAACAUGGAAUGCUCUACAGCGCAUAUGGAGCGACAAUCGCUUACGGAGAAAGUGAAUGGCUUACAAAUGGAGUUGGAGAUGCUGCAACAGAAACUAAUGCUCUCGGAAGAAAAUUCAAAAUCAUUGCAAGAUGGAUUGCAAAAGCAGCUCGAGGAAGAGAAAAAAGAUCGAAUCGCGGCUGUGCAAGCAGAAAUUGAGCGAACUAAAAUGGCUCAAAUGACAGUUGAGCGCUUAAAAAUAGAGCUCGAUGGGCUUAAAACUGAGAAACUGAAGCUGAAGGAAGUUUUGGAUUCUAUUGAUCAAUCUGGUCUCAUGGCGACGGUUAAGAAUCAUGAACAAAACGAAAACUUCACAAGCGUGGUGUCGUGUUUGGAAGCCGCUAAACGGAAAAUUGAGCUACUUGAAGUGAAUCUGUCGUCGAAAGAAGCUAAUGUUGCAACUCUGAAUCAACAGUUUGAGGAUAUUUCCAAAAUGCUCGACACUGAAAAGAAAUUGAGAAAGAGGUCUGAAGAAAGCUCGUCCGAAAUGAUUGCGAAACUGGAAGAGAAAGUGAAAAACUACGAAAAUAAAUUCAUGGAAUCGAGCAGAAUACUUGAUGAGAAAUGCGAAAGCUUGAAAAAGGAACACGCUGAGAAAAUAAAUGAUCUGACGGUCGAAUUGGAAGUUUUGCAGGAAACGCUUGCUUCAUCGGAAGAAACAAUGAGAAAGCUCGCAAAUGAGAAAAUGUGUUUGGAAGAAGAGCUCGAAGAUUUGAGGAAAAGAAUGCAUUCGAUGCAAAUCCGUCUUGGAGAUAAUGACAAGGAAAACACUUUGACUCAGUUCGAGGAAGACGAGAAACUGCAGAAUCUUGUUGAUGAAUCGCUUAAAUAUUUGAACGAGAGCCCCAAAAAGGCGGUGUUUUCCAACUGUGAAGAAUCAAUGGAGCAACGCGAAUCUAUGCCGCCCGGUUUGAGAAUAACGAAUAUGUCGUCAGUGAGGCGUGAAUCAUUCGCUCCUGAUUCGGCACCGCGCAACUCGAUUUUGCGGUCUUCAUCCCGAUCGGAAUGCGCUUCAACGCCGCACAGUGUUAAAUUUAAAGCUCCAUUCACACCAGGCGAAACUAAUAGAGAACGAUUGAACGAAUUGGCGGAAAGGAAUAAAAUGGUGCCACCGCAUAUUCGAAGCUCCUACGCAACCGAAACUUUUAGCUUAUCAUCGCCUUCUGCUGAUGAAGCAGCUAUUAAGGGAGAAGAAAAGAAGAAGAGGAGAAAGAGUUUGAUGAGAUUCAGAAUCUAA